UGUCAUUCUAUUGUUGCUGAGUUGGCUCUGUUGUUUGGAUAAGCUACUGCUCGCCGAAAUGGGAAACACUUGGAAAGGGUUUGCAAUUUUGCUUUUGUUAGUUUGUUUCAUGAUUACCUGCACGUCAGGGUGGAGUCGCAGACGCAGGAGACGUUCGCCUCCACCUCCUCCUCCUCCGCCAUGGUGUCCUGCUGGUUGUUCUUAUGGCUGGUGUCAUGGCAACAUUGGACAUUGCCAUUGUUCAAGCGGUUGGUACGGAAGUACUUGCAGUCAUCCUCGGUGCAGCUAUGGUUGCUACAAUGGCAAGUGCACUUAUCCAAACCGUUGCAGUUGCAGUCAAGGUUGGUCAGGUUAUACCUGCAGGACUCCUAUAUGUUCUCAAGGAUGCAGUCAUGGAAGUUGCACAUAUCCCAAUAGUUGUCAUUGCAGCAAUGGAUGGAGGGGCCCUGCGUGCAACAUACCUGUGUGCCUAAAUGGAUGCAACAAUGGCGGAACAUGUGUAUCUCCGGGCAGGUGCGUUUGUCGAUACCCAUACACAGGCCCCAGUUGCGACAUUCGGCUUUGUAAGGAAUUGGAAGCUCCUAAAAAUGGCACAGUUGAGUGCGCCAUAGACUAUACCAUUAACAAGCAAGUUUGUAGCAUUAGUUGCAAUGAAGGGUUCAAUUUUUCAGCCAUAGUACGGCCAGAACCUUUGCAAGUUUGCGAAGAAGAUGGAAUGUUUACUCAACAAGCAGCCAAUAAGGAGAUUCCCGAUUGCACUGAAGAGAGUCCGCUAGACUUAGCUACAAAUUUGACAAUGCAGGUCAAUUUCCCAGCACCUUGCAGCGAAAUAUCUACAUCCGACUGGAACGAGAUCAGAAAGAAGGGGCUAGAAGCUGUCAAUUAUCGCUUGUGCGGAUCUACGCAGGGAUGUGGUGAUCUUUUGUUGUCUUUAGUAAACUCCUCUUGUGGUCCUAAAGUAGACGCUACAGAAGAUCGUGUUGCUAAAAGUCAACCUGCGUAUGACAAUUACGACUAUGGUUACAAUUAUGGUUAUCAUUAUCAAGAGCAACAACCUACAGAUCCCACUGCUAAAAUGGCUCUCAGCUUAACCUUUGAGGUGUUAACACACACUAAUGUGACAGGCUCUGCUUUGGGAACUGACGAUAUGAGCGCUUUUGAGCAGCGGCUUAGAGACGCUUUCGCAGAUACUUUCGAAGCAGCUAAGAAAGAACCAAUUCUUGUAGAACUUAGGCGCUUGGAGACUAUUUUGGAAAUUUCUUUGGAAUUUGUGACACACACCAACAUGAAGGUAAAGUGCACCAGGAAAGGUCAGAUGCUACUCGUAGACACUUGUCUUGACUGUUCUUGCGGUACAUUCUACAAUAAGGCAUCUCUUGCUUGCGAACCUUGUCCUAUCGGUACUUAUCAAGACAAGGUAGGCCAGACUGAAUGCAAGAACUGUACUGAAGGGCUAACAACUAGGCUGACCGGAACCAAGAACAGAAGCGGCUGCCAGCCUUUGUGUCCUCCAGGAUUCAUUUCAGGAAACGGCUUUCAGCCAUGCCAACCGUGUCCAAGUCACCGUACUCAGCCCAGAGUGGGACAAACUCAUUGCAUAUGAGACUCUCAGUAAACUGUGAUAAACCAACGAAGACAAUUGUUUUGCCUGAAUUGGUUCGUGUUCGAUUGCGGCUCGUGGAGAUCUCCGUAAGUGUGGUUUUUGAAGUACCUUUCGACGUGUAAAAUUUGACACUGUAAGUGUGAAAUUGUACAGAAUGGAUGCAGUACUUGUUGUUUAA